AUGGGGCGGCAGGACCUCCCGCGCACUGACGGGCCCCCGCCGAUGCUCCCGUGGCCACUGGCCCUCCUGGCCCUGAGCGCGUGCUGCCGCUGGGGGGUGGCCGGCGGGGCGGGCGGCACGGUGGCCCAGCAGCAUGCCGCCCCCGAGACCCCUUCCUCUUCGUCCUCAUCCUCCUCUUCCUCUGCCCGGGCACCCCUCGACUGGCUCCUCACCGACCGGGGACCCUUCUACCGAGCCCAGGAGUACGUGGACUUUGUGGAGCGCUACCGGCAGGGUUUCACCACCAGGUACAGGAUCUACAGAGAGUUUGCUCGCUGGAAGGUGAAUAAUUUGGCCUUGGAGAGGAAAGACUUCUUCAGCCUGCCGCUUCGCCUGGCCCCCGAAUUCAUCCGCAACAUCCGUCUGCUGGGACGCCGGCCCAGCUCCCAGCAGAUCACCGACAGCCUCAUCAAAAAGUAUGGGACACACUUCUUGCUCGCCGCCACGCUGGGAGGAGAGGAGUCCCUGACCAUUUUUGUGGACAAGCGCAAGCUGAGCCGGAGGGCAGAGCCCGCCGGGGGGGCCGGGAACAGCUCAGGGGUCUCGCUGGAGACCCUGCACCAGCUGGCAGCCUCCUACUUCAUCGACCGGGAGAGCACGCUGCGCCGGCUGCACCACAUCCAGAUCGCCACGGCCGCCAUCAAGGUGACCGAAACACGGACAGGGCCACUUGGCUGCAGCAACUACGACAACCUGGACUCGGUGAGCUCCGUCCUGGUGCAGAGCCCCGAGAACAAAGUGCAGCUCCAAGGGCUCCAGACGGUGCUCCCCUCCUACCUGCGGGAGAGGUUCGUGGCGGCCGCCCUCAGCUACAUCGCCUGCAGCUCGGCCGGGGAGCUGGUGUGCCGCCGGAGUGACUGCCGCUGCCAGUGCCAGCCCGCCUUCCCCCGCUGCAACUGCCCCGAGGCCGACGUCCAGGCGCUGGAGAGCAGCCUGGCCCAGCUCCAGCGAGCCUGGGAGAGCCACCACGGCCAGUUUGAGGAGUCAGAGGAGUUUCAGGCCCUGGUGAAGAGGCUCCCCGGGGACCGUUUUCUGAACAGGACGGCCAUCUCCCACUUCUGGGCCAUGGACCUGGACAUCCAGCAUCGCUACCAGCAGCUGGGCACCAGCCUGAAGCUUCUCUCCAGGAAAACCCACCGACUCAUCCGGCGGCUCUUCAACCUCAGCAAACGCUGCCACCGGCAACCUCGCUUCAAACUGCCGAAGGAGAGGUCCCUCCCUUACUGGUGGAGCCGCGCACAGUCGCUCCUGUACUGCAGCGAGACCGCCGUGCCUGGGACCUUCCUGGAAGAAAGCCACAGCUGCACGUGUCCCUCCGACCAGCCCUCCUGCCAGGGGUCCAUACCGUGUGCCUUGGGCGAGGGGCCAGCCUGCGCCAGCUGUGCCGAGGACAACAGCACCCGCUGCGGGACCUGCAACCACGGCUACGUGCUCACCCAGGGCUUCUGCCGCCCCGAGGUGGCCGACUCGCUGGAGCACUACCUGGGGCUGGAGACGGACCUGCAGGACUUGGAGCUCAAGUACCUCCUGCAGAAACGAGACAGCCGCAUCGAGGUGCACUCCAUCUUCAUCAGCAAUGACAUGCGCCUGGGGAGCUGGUUCGACCCCUCCUGGAGGAAACGCAUGCUCUUGACCCUGAAGAGCAACAAGUACAAGCCUGGGCUGGUUCACGUGAUGUUGGCCCUCUCCCUGCAGAUCUGCCUCACCAAGAACAGCACGCUGGAGCCCGUCAUGGCCAUCUACGUCAACCCCUUCGGGGGAAGCCACUCGGAGAGCUGGUUCAUGCCCGUCAACGAGGGCAGCUUCCCAGACUGGGAAAGGACUAACGUAGAUGCCUCCGCCCAGUGCCAAAACUGGACACUCACCUUGGGCAACAAGUGGAAGACCUUCUUUGAAACGGUCCACGUCUACUUGCGGAGCCGCAUCAAGUCUCUGGAUGACAGCUCCAACGAGACAAUCUACUAUGAACCCUUAGAGAUGGCAGAUCCCUCCAAGAACCUGGGGUACAUGAAAAUCAACAGCUUGCAAGUCUUCGGCUACAGCCUGCCCUUUGAACCGGACGCUAUUCGUGACCUGAUCCUUCAGCUGGACUACCCCUACACCCAGGGCUCCCAGGACUCGGCCAUGCUCCAGCUGUUGGAGAUCAGGGACCGAGUGAACAGGUUGUCACCCCCUGGCAAAACCCGCCUCGACCUCUUCACUUGCUUGCUCCGCCACAGGCUCAAGUUGGCCAACAACGAGGUGGCGAGGAUCCAGUCCUCCCUGAGGGCCUUCAAUGCCAAGCUGCCCAACGCGCUAGAGCAGGAGACGGGCAAGCUGUGCAGCUAA